UGCACUUCCUUUUUGGAGCCGGGAAAAAAAAACACACGUGACAUGUGUAUCGUUUUGUAACGCUGUAGUUUGGUUUGUCGGGGUUGACUCUGAUUCUGUGAAGUGAAGUUCAACACCACGAUAUCACAAUGCUUAUUCCACGUUUCAGAAUUUGUUCAUUGGCGUUCACCGCCACUAGAAUGUUUACGACUGGUCCGCCAGCAAACCCAGUCGUCUACUUUGACAUUGCUGCAGACAACCAACCUCUUGGAAGAGUAACCUUCGAGUUGCGAGCCGACGUGGUGCCAAAAACUGCAGAGAACUUCCGUGCCCUGUGUACAGGAGACAAGGGUUUCGGUUUCAAGGGAUCAAUUUUCCAUCGAGUCAUUCCUCAAUUCAUGGUCCAGGGAGGAGACUUCACCAACCACAACGGCACUGGGGGAAAGUCCAUAUAUGGACGGUCGUUCCCAGAUGAGAACUUCAAACUGACGCAUACUGGGCCUGGGAUCUUGUCCAUGGCCAACUCUGGGCCCAACACAAACGGCUCUCAAUUCUUCAUCUGCACGGCCAAAACAGAGUGGUUGGAUGGCAAGCAUGUUGUGUUUGGCAGCGUGAAGGAGGGCAUCGAGGUGGUGGAUAAAGUGGAGGCUCUGGGCUCUCGCUCCGGGCGCACCUCCAAGCGGAUCACCAUCACCGACUGCGGCGAGCUCUAGUAGACCUCCAGCUCUCUGGCACCCAUGGCCACCCCCAGCACAUACUGUGAAUGUCUGAAAAUGAGGCCGUUGUGAAGACAGUCGGAGGUGGUGGUGGUGGGUUGAGGACGUCAAGGCGAGAAUUUUUUUUUUCUCUCUAAUUUUGUUUGUUAUUCUUUUUUUAGUCGACCGCGCUGUGCUGAGAGGCUCGUUUGUCAAGCCCGUCUUUAAGGGCGGGGGGGGGACGAGCCGUUUUGAAAGCUGUGAUUGGUCCAAAAUGAUUUCUGUCUGGAAUCUCCAACACACUUGUGUGUGUGUGUGUGUGUCGUCAGCGUUUACCUCGUAAUUUUCUCUCCAAAUUACGUGACUUUUUAAAAAAAAAGCGCAAACGACCACAGAGGUACUGGAAUGUGAUGGUGUGACUGACUGCUUUAAAUGAGUAAAUUUGGAAACGGCAGUUACAAAUUGAAAUAAAGUCAUACUAGUGGUGCUGA